AUGGAUGUCGUGGGGGAGGACGGUCGCAGCCUCGGGCCGGGUCCCGUCCCUCCCCGCAUCAAGGGCAGCUGGGGUGGGGCGCUGGGCAUCCUUGCAGGCACCGUGCUGUUGGCCUACCAGCUGGAGUUCACCGACACCUUCCCAGUGCAUGAGCGGGGCUUCUUCUGCCACGAUGGCGCGGUCGCCAAACCCUACCCAGGCCCUGAGGCUGCCAGCCGGGCUCCCCCCCGCCUGGUGCAUGCCCUUGUGGCUGCUGUGCCCACCUUGGCUAUCCUGGUUGGGGAAGUUGCUGCCUUUGUGCGCCAGCCCCGGUGGCGCCGGGAUGAGGAGGAGACAAUCGUGUCAGGGGCCUGCUGCGCCUUCACCCCCCUGCUGCGCCGCCUUGUGCGCUUUCUUGGUGUCUUCUCCUUCGGGCUCUUUGCCACAACCAUCUUCGCAGGCGCUGGGCAGGUGGUGUCGGGCACACAGGCCCCACAUUUCCUGGCCGUUUGUCGCCCCAACCUCACAGCACUCGGCUGCCACCUGCCUGGGCCACGCUACGUGGCUGCUGCCUGCUCCGGGGAUCCCGUGCUUGUGAGGGCUGCGCGCCGUGCCUUCCCCUGCCGCGACGCUGCCCUGGGCGCCUAUGCCAGCGUCUAUGCAGCUAUGUAUGUGACCCUGGUGGGCCCACGGGGCUCCCGGCUGGCACGGCCUGCGCUGUGCCUGGCACUUCUGGCUCCCGCCUUCCUGCUGGGCGUUGUACGUGUGGCAGAGCACCGCAACCACUGGGCUGACGUCCUGGCCGGCUUCCUCACUGGCACCGCUGUUGCUGCCUUCCUGGUGACGUGUGUGGUGAACAAUUUUGGCAGCCGGCUGGCAGGGCGCCAAGGCCGAGAAUUGGGGCCAGUGGGGGGUGAGGCUCCAGCCAUGGUCUCACCGUGCCCCCACAGCCCCCUGGAGAAGCUCAGUGUGGCCCAGGGAGUCCGGCCUCCACUGGAUGAGCCAGACUUCACCCUCUUGACCCGGGGGCUGGAGCGGCAGCUGCGCAUAGUCCCCCCCGGAGGGGCCUACCCAAUCCCGGAGCUGGGGCCAUCUCUGUCCCCUGAGGCCCGGCUGAGCCUGCUGCUGACACCCCCCGACGUGCUCCUGGCUGCCCGCUCUGUCACCAGCCAAGUCUGACCCCCUGGUAGUGGGGGUCUCGCUCGGGGUGGGGGGGCAGCAGGGGGUAAGAGGCUCCCAGCUCCCCUGGCAGGUCAUGCACCCAGGCAGCAUGUAAUAGGGGGUUGGUCUGGAAUGAGGGGGCAGCUCUGGGUCGGAGGGGACUGGUUACCCCCCCAGAAAGAGGGGGCUGGGAAACUUUGGGGGGGUGGGGGAGGGCAUGGGCACCUGUGUGCCCCAGAUGCCUGGGUUCCCUGUGUGAGUGUGGGCAUCCCUGCUGGAGACAGCAAGGAAUUGUGGGGUGGGGGGGACAGCAUGGGUAGCUACCCCCAAGCCUGGACUCUUCCUCCAGAAGCUCAGGGUUGCUGGGAGGAAAGGACGGGGCUCUUCAAGGCCCCACACACUUGAUUCCACCUGUUUGGGGGACUUGGUGGAAGUGGGGACUGGAGGUGCUCAGGCCUGUUCCUCAGCUGAUGUAAUAAAGCCCAUGUUUGUAACCGUGCCCAUCUGCCUGCUGCCUACUUCCUUCGAGGGGCACCACAGACCCCCCUCCAACCUGCAGCUCUGCUAGAACCACUAGCUCCCAGCCCCAUUGUUCCCCUUAGCUGCCUUCGUACUUUUCUGCCACCCUUAAACCCCCAAGGCCUUUUCCAUCCU